GGGGAAGAGCGAGGGGAUUUCACAAUAACGGGUCUUACGGACAGCAGACUGCCGCAACCAGAGGAAGCCGGUACUUCUGCUGGAACCAGCCUGUCUGCAGUGGAGGACUUUGAGAGGACUCACAGCUCUCUCCAACUGAUGCUUGCGAGUGUCCAGUGAUGGUGUGAGGACUCGGCGAAGGGAGAUCCAUGCGCAAAAAUGCGGAAUCUUCUCCCUUUGCUGUGCGUCCUGUGCGCCACGCCGGUCCACAGCAUCUUCGACGGAACCUGCCUCAAAAAAGACCCUCCCCCUGGUGCCUUGGUUUUAUCCCCAGGCAGUAAGUUGGUUCUGACCUGCAGCGGUCAUGUGACGGUGGACGGAGUGAAGGUGAGGAACAGCUCGAACACCAAGAGAAGAGGCAGCCCCUCGGGGGCGACCCCGACCGCUGUAAACGUCGUAAACAACCCUGGAGUUCCCGUGGACAGUGACAAACCUGCCAUGCAGAAUGCUCUGAGCGAUGGCUACCGCUCUAACCCUACUGAGGCAAGAGACAACAGAGGCCUCAGACACACAGACACAGGACACACAGCUUCUCCCUCUGCUCAUGUGGUCCAGCCAACCAGUGUGCAAAGACUGCUAAAGGGCGGAGAGAUGGAUGGUGAGGCUGAUUAUGAGGAAGAGGAGGAGGAGGGGGAGGAAGGGAGCAGGGUUACAAGGGGCAUAAAGUGGAAGACUCAGUGGAGGUGGAGCGGGAAGACGGUGGGAAAAGGAGACCAGGGGGAAAUCUCAUUUGAGAGGACAGGGGCUACACUGUCUCUGUCCUCUGUAAGACUGGCGGACUCUGGGAAGUACAUGUGCUAUCACAGAGGCAGAGAGAGGUUCUCCUUAAAGGUGAUCGUCGCAGAUCCUCCAGAGAGUCCAAGCCUGUCCUGCUACAAAAAGUCACCCAGCAGUAAGAUUCGCUGUGAGUGGACGCCUCAGAAGCCCGUCACUAUACAACCGAAGUGUUACCUCUUACUCAGCAAAAGAAAGCAGCUGACAGUGGAGAGAGGACUGGGAAUGAGGGGAGAGAGAGGUCCGGGCCACUCUGAUUCACAUACCAGCUCCACACAGGCCUUCCUUCGCUUGCAGUGCUCGUACUCAUCUCGGGCCUCCCGCUGUUGGUGCGCCCUGGACCACGAUGAGGACGAGCUGAGAACCGUUCACUUGGCCUACCUGUGUGUUACAAGCAUCGCGGGCAACGCCACCAGCCCCCUGGUGGACUUCACGCCUCUGCGCAUUCUAAAGCCUGACCCUCCGUCAAAUGUGUCAGUCCGACCGGUGGAGAGACAGGCGACGAGGAUGAAGGUCACCUGGAGUCUCCCGACCUCCUGGAAGUCUCAAGACAACUAUUAUGAACUAAUCUAUGAGAUCAAAUACAAACCUCUCAGGUCCUCGUUUUAUCACGAGCAGAUACACAAGAUUAAGGGCCAGCGGUCCCACACUAUCACUGAUGCAAUGCCUGGUGUUGAGUACCUGAUACAGCUCAGAACUAAGGAGGAGUAUGAUGGUGUGUGGAGUGACUGGAGCACACCUGUCUGUGCCAUUGGUGGGGCAGAUCAAAACGGUGAUCUGACUACCACAUUGUUUCCAGUCUAUAUAGACACAGAGGGCUCUGGUCCAGAUGGCAGUGUGACUGAUGUACCUUCAGUUGCUGCAGUUCCAACAGACUCUGCGGUGGUGUCACCUCACGUCCUGUGGAUCUCGGCUUUAUUUGUUCUCUUGUCAGUCAUUUUGGCUGCCUACAUAUUCAGACACAAGGACCGAUUCAUGUCUAAACUCCAGAGUCUGAGUGUCGUCACCCAGUGUGGAGGCUCACCUCAGCCUCCGCCCUCCGCCCCAACAGCUCCAGAAGGGCAAGCUCUGGUGACCUUUGGCCCUCCAAUUUACAAUGAACCCCCACCGAGUGAAGUGGAAGAAUGGGGAGAAGAAAAUGAAGAACACUGCAGGAAUGAGAGGAUAGAAGCCAUGCACUUUAACAACACAAGUUACUUCUUUCUGCAGCAGUACUGAUGGCCAGGCGGGUCAGGGACUGAAACUAGCCAGAGAUUGUUUUUCACUUCACAGCCAGGACAACGGACCUGAAUCGAAUGAGUUCCUGGUGGAAGCAAACUCAGGAACAGCUUGUAUAUUAUAUCUUCUAUAUCUUUCCAGGUCUAACUCUAUCUCAAGCCUAAAAAUCUCUACAGGACUUUUUUUUUUUGUAUUUGUAUUUGUAUUUUAUUGCGCCUGGGCAGCGUUUUAGUGCCUCUCUCCUAUGUCUGUGUAAGUUUAAAGCAUCUUGAUAAACUGUAGACUAGAUGUAAGCCUAAUGAGAGGCCUGAGUCUAGCAUACCACCUCGUGUUCUGUUUGUAUAUCGUUUUGUUAAGGUUUAUCAAAUAUAUCACUCACAUCUCGCCCACUCAGUUUCCAGGUAUUCUUUACAAAAUUUGAAAAAGAAUUGGCCCUUUGUCUGUUUUUCUGCCUUUUAAACUGGUUAAGAUGGGUUGAUCGUCGUGUUGCUGCUAUGAAGGACCCUCAAGGAGAUUCUGUCAAGUCAAGUCAGGAUUAUGAACUAUGCAAAACGCCUCCCACCCUUCUCCAAAGCAGUUAAAGACACCUCAGCUGCAAAGGAUGCAACCAGGGCACGGUUUGGUGCCACUUCAAGUGCAGGCGGUUCCAGUUACCUCUUUGCAAAUACUGUGAGCCGCUGCCAAGAUCGUCCAGGCCUUAACCUCACAAGCACAACUGUAUGGUCGUACAAACUGGAUCUCAAAAAUGAUUCAAAUGCAAUGCUAACAUGCUGAUGUUUAGCAAAUGUUUACUGUGUUCACCAUCUUAAUUUAGUGUGUUAGCAUGCUAACAUGUGUGUCAUCACUAUACACAAAGUACAACUGAUGGGAGUGUCAUUAGUUUUGCAGGUAUUUUGUCAUAGACCAAAAUAUCCAACAAAUUCACUUUCAAUUCAUUUUUGACCUGAUGAUGGGGUGAGAAAAAGAGUCAGAGGAUCACCAAAAAGAUUACAAUUCAUCCAAAUCUGAUGACACAGCUAAUGAUCCAUCCCAGUAGUUGUUGAGAUAUUGCUGUCUGGACCGAGCAGGUGGACCAACCAACCAACUUCUGUAACCAUGCUGCUUGUGAGGGUAAAAUAUGAACUCAUACUGCUGAAAACCAUCACAGGCAUUACAGCGGUAGAAUAGAAAAUCAGUUUGUGUUGCAUUUCACUAGUUCUGCCGGUUAAAGUCCACAAUCUCUCUGAUGAGAGAUGAUAAGAUAAGAUAAGAUAAGAUAAGACUUUAUUAAUCCCCUACCAGGGAAAUUCAGAUGCUACAGGCAGCAGGCAAUAGGGGGAUUCAGGAUGCAGCUUUUUCUUCUUCACCCUGUUGCCAGAUGACAUGUGACUUUGAUGUGCAUCUGGAGCCAUGAAAAAAAUCCAUUAUUUCUCAAGCCAGUGUUUCCCCAACUGUCAGUCACAGGUUGUCAUCACUGGACUUUACCUGCGAUAAAAUGUGCUACAUAAAUAAAAUGUCCUGAACUAUAAAAGAACCAUGUACUAU